CCAUUCACCUUUUUGCCUUCUUGCUCCAUGUACGUCUUCCGCGGAAAAAGAAAGUUGCGCGAGUUGAGUUCGACGUCAGCUCCACGCGGCAUCCUUUUCGGAUUUUUAGGAGCAGGAGAUGACGUCAGGUAAGGGCUUUUUCUGUCGGAUGGUUGUUUUGCUUUAAAUAGCAGAUGGGGGAGUAGAUGUGUUUCUUAGGUAUAGUGAUUAAAAUGUGUUCUUAGUUACAUUAAUAUCUUUAUUGUUGUGCCACCCCCUCAUCCGACAUUUAGUAUUAAAAUAUUUAAAAAAAAAAUGAACGUGGCAUUUGCAUUUUUUCUGCUUUUGCUCCUAGCAAAACAGUUUUAAAAGCGAAGCCAACUACUGGCUGACUGGCUGCCUCUUUGUUCGCCGGAGCUGACCUCCUUGACGAAUCCCUUGUCUGAAUCUUCCUAGUUGUCGCAAAAGCCAGAAAGGAUGGUCGACAACAGCCGCUUUUUUGUGGUUUCCAACAUGACGGAUAUCACGGAGGCCAAGCCUCAUGGAUGUAACAACGGGGCUCUCAUGGACCGUUUUGGAGUUCUCAUCCAGGGUCUGCUUGCUGUCGUUGCCUUCAGCACUUUGAUGUUGAAGAGGUUCAGGGAACCAAAAGAUGAGAGACGGCCAUGGAGAAUCUGGUUUUAUGACACAUCUAAGCAAGCAAUUGGUGCACUUUUUAUCCACUUUGCCAAUGUUUUCUUAUCAAAUCUCACAAAAGAGGACCCAUGUUCCUUAUAUCUGAUGAAUUUCUUGCUGGAUGCAACUCUGGGAAUGCUUGUGAUCUGGGCUGGAGUGAAACUUGUGUCUUGGAUAGUGGAGUAUAAGCAAGUGACAUUAUUAACAUUUGGAGAAUAUGGGGACCCACCACAAGCAGCUGCAUGGAUUGGCCAGUGUGCACUAUACUUGCUUAUCAUGGUCUUUGAAAAAACUGUGAUUAGCCUUGUUCUUCUCAUUCCUGGUUGGAGCAAACUUCAAGAAGUUUUGCUGGACUACAUCCCAAAUCCACAGCUGGAGCUAGUGCUGGUUAUGCUGAUUGUGCCUUUCAUAGUCAAUGCAAUUAUGUUUUGGGUGGUGGACAGUUUGCUGAUGCGAAAAUAUAAAAACAAGAAGGCUCUGGAAACCUUGGAAAAUAGUUCAAGUGCAGAAAUCUCGGCUGCAUCAGUCAGUGAAGAAUCACAGGUACUUCUGGCUGCGGAACAUGGCAGUGAACCUUCAGAGACUGAACAAGAGGGAGCAGACCUGAAUUUUAACGAAGCCGAAAGAAUGAGUGUCCCGUAUUGUGAGGUUGUUUAGGGAACAACUACGGAGUAUUCUUAUGUGACCAUUACUCUGCAUUACCUUCAAAAUUGCUCAAAUGAUUCCCUUCAAAUAAAGUGUGUGUAUUGAAUCAUAAAUGGAGACAUACUGCACCUUAAAAGAUUAUUAACACUCUUGAGUUUAAUAUGCAUCCAUUUUAAGGUGCUCAACUAUGCCUUACAAGUGACGUUUUGAAUGUCACUUUUGAUUAUAUUUUCAUUUUAUUAAAAAGGUAAAGGGCACCAUUAUUGUUCAGGUUACAGCUAAAUUAUCCAGAAAACCAAUGUUUAGUUAUGUGUUGUUUUACUUAGUCUCAAUGUAUUCACGUCUCCACGUGUCAUUUAAGUUACCUUUGUUGACCAUUAAAUGCAAGAUUCACAGUUUGCUUCGGAGAUGAAUUUCCUGUGCUUUGUUUACACUAUACCAUUUUAAAAAUGUUUUUUCUUGAGUAAAGGUGGGUGCACUCCUAAUUUGUUGAGCAAGUAAUUUAGUAGGAUUUGUGUUAAUAAAAACUUGAGAGUGUUUUUUUUUUUUUUUUGUUUUUUUGUUUAAAUUGCCUUUCUGUCAACUGGACCAAAUUUCCUGGUGCUAUGGCAAGUGCUGCAGAGUAUUCAGUGUUUACAGAGCAGCUGAGAGGAGAGUUUAAUAUUUUUUCACUUGUCUUUGAAAUAGUCAUAACUGGGACAACAACAAUGUAUUUCAGCUGCCUUUUCUGAUAUUUUAAAGACCAAGGCACUUUAAAUGUGAUGUGCCCAAAGCUAAGCAAUAAAUAGAAAUAUAAACGGUGUUUGUAUUAUGUAGUGCAAGAUAUCUUAUUUCCCAAAGUAGGGCAUUUUAUUUAUCCAAAGCUGAACUUUUUGAAUGAAUGUACUUUGAAAAACAAGUUGGGAUGUAUUGUUUAUUUUUUAUUCAACUGCAGAUGAGAAUACCAUAUAUUUAUCUUUCUAUACAAGUAAGUAUUACUCAGAAAUGUUUUUGAACCACUACAGUCUCCGUUAUCCUUACAUACAGAAUGUACCAGCAUAUGAAAAAGUGGUUACAUGUGAUAAUAAUGCCGUUGGACAAUACAAAUUUACAGAAUUUAUAGUUAUUCACAGAUAGGAACCUUCUAGCAUAGAAAUUUUUUUCAUUUAAUUAAAAAUGUUAUAAAUGUAAAACUGAAAUUGUACAAAAUGUCUGAAUUAUUUGCAUGUUUAUUUUUUGGAGCUUGUCAAUAAAUACGUGAGCUUUUUUCUACUCUGUAA